GCUACACUAACCGUGGCGCACACUGGCAGUCAUGUGACUCACUUAUAGUACAACUCAGUGAACGAUCCGUUCAGUCGUGUGUUGCUGCUGCUGCUGCUGCUGCUGCUGUUGUUGAAUUGGUGCGUCUCAAGGGCAAAUCCCGUUGUGGUCCCGUCAGGAUAUAAACAUUUUCCACGCUUCCUCUUCUUCCUGCACUGGGAAUAUAUUUGCUGUGCGUGAACACGACAUACUGUAUCCUGACUGGAGACCUUGGAUUGUUUCCCUGGCAUUUACUUUUUCCAGUCUGAGAGAACACCAGGUGUUUCACUAUCUCACACUAGUGGGACGCAUGACCUUGAUGACCUGGGUAUGUUUGGCCUAACUUUUCCAGCCGCACAAGGAAUAACUCUCUUAUAAGCCAAACACAGACUCCGAGUCCAACUGGAGACAGAGGUUUGGCACUAGCCAGGGGAUGGUAGAUAAUUUUUCUUUGAGCAAAGAGAUUUUUCAUCCCAACAGUGGCUCUCCACUGGCCUACCAGCUUUCUGACAUGGUGACAGACCUGGGGAUCUACCAGGUGAUGCCUUCACCACUUUCUGAGGAUGACCUAAGCGAAUCGUCCAGCCCACGUUCCUGCUCCAGCCCAGACUCCCAGGUGCUCAGCUCCAGCUAUGGCAGCAACUCCAGCGCUGAGAGCCAGGAUAGCAUCCUGGACCACUUGCUGUCCCAGGCCUCUUUAGGUGUCAGUAGCAUUUCAGCAGGGUCGGGGGCACCUAUACCAUUAUCCACCUUCCUCUGGGACUCACGAAGAAAUGAGCUUUCUGAACGUGAGCCGGUAAAGGAGGAAAAUCUUGACUUCCUCACCUGGUCUAAUGUGGAGACAGAGGAACAACUUUGUGGGUCCUUUCAGCCCACUCUGGAAGAAAUUGAAGAGUUCCUGGAGGAGAAUAUGGAGGUGGUGACAAUAAAGCAGGAAAUCCGAGAGGGUUCACCUGAGAUGAGAAUGGGACUAGAGGAAGCUCAUGGUCUAGAAGUUGGGAUUGAGUGGUGCAGAGAGGCUUCAUCUGACCAUACGCCAGAGCCAGAGGCCAAGUAUUCAGACCAAACUGUCCCCACUGGCAGCACCACUGACCUGGCCACUGGUGUCUCCAGCGAGACCAAAGCUACAGCAGUUGACUCUCCAGAUGAAUCCAGAACUGGGGCCAAGAAUGCAUCAAUCAGCAAACCUUCAUCACCACACAGUGAGGCUGCCAGUAGUGGAAUGCCUGUCAUCCUUCAAAUUCAGCCACUUCAGAUCAAGCAGGAGCCUGCAGUAGCACCUCUUGCCCCAGCACCCCAGCCUCCACAGCCUCCCCCAGCAACAGACAUCAAAAUUGCACAGCUACUCGUCAACAUCCAAGGUCAGACGUUUGCGCUGGUGCCCCACGUCGUGCCAUCAUGUAACCUGAACAUGUCCUCCAAGUUUGUGCGCAUUGCUCCUGUCCCCAUCGCAGCUAAACCUGUUGGGCUCGGAGACAGCUCAAUCUGCCAGGGAGCAGGGAUUCUUGCUGGAGGUCAAAAGUUCCAGAAGAAUCCAGUGGCAGAUCUUAUUAAAAUGCACAAAUGCACUUUUCCUGGGUGCACCAAGAUGUACACCAAGAGCAGCCACCUAAAAGCCCACCUGCGAAGGCACACGGGGGAGAAGCCCUUCGCCUGCAACUGGCAGGGCUGUGGAUGGAGGUUUUCCCGAUCAGACGAGCUAUCCCGACACCGGCGCUCCCACUCGGGGGUCAAACCCUACCAAUGUCCUGUUUGUGAGAAGAAGUUUGCCCGCAGUGACCACCUGUCAAAACACAUCAAAGUGCACCGCUUUCCACGAAGCAGCCGAACAGUUCGCGCGGCAAACUGACGCCCUGCUCCCGUCAAUGGGAACACUGGGAUUACAGGGAAAUGCUGGGAUCUCUGGGAUCACUCUCGUACAGACAUAAGUCACAGGAGCGAGGUGCGAGUGUGAACGUGAAGGUGAACGCACAAUUAUUCUGGGCGAAAUAAAAAAUGUGAGAGGAGGAGAGCCUUGUUUUUAUCGAUUGUUUUAAUUUAUUGUACAAAAGCGAGCCAACACAUUUGACCAUCCAGUCUGUGAAAGCAGCUGACGGUUGUUGUUGCCAUUGGCACUUUGGUUUGUUUGUUCUGUCUUUAUCUUCUGCUUGAGCAGGAGAUAAGAUAACCUUAUUUUCAUUCAGUCUGGAUUAUGUGGCUGAUUUUGUAAUAGCCUUGUUUGUCAAUUCUACCUGGAUAAAAACAACUGCCUUUGAUCUUCCUGAAAGCUGCCAAUGUCUUGCACAUUCCCGAUGUUAUGCAAUGUUUAGGAAGUUUGAAGGUCACUGGGAUGUCCAGUCCUCUACCUGGGCUCCGCAGGUUUUCUGACAGCUUUGCUGGCUCAAAUAUUUGUGGAUGGACAGGAAGAGGACUGGAGUGCGACAGAGACACAGACUACUGAUAAGCUCAGAAAGAAGCGAACGGAGGUCUCACAACAACGCUCACCUUUUUUAUGUAAACCUGCUGUGAUUCAAGGGAGAGACUGACAGAGCAAUGCACGGAAUGCAAACGUGAAACACAACUAAAGGUGUGUUCACAGACCAAAAGGGAAGCAAAUUUUUUCAUGUUGAAGUUACUAAUGCCACAGGAACAUGACGUGUGUUUGCUCAUGUUGAAGCCUACUCAUAGUUUUUGUGUGUGCUGAGGUCCACUACGGUCCAUGUGUCAUCGUCACCCACGUCUGGCACGAGCACAUUUAUCCCAUCAUUUGUGACCACACACACAACUGUCGCGUGCUCUAGGUAGAACAAUAUACUGGGAUGGAAUUGGAUUUGAUAUCAGGUGCAUACGCGUGGCUCACCAGACUGACUCAGACCUUCAUUUUAGUAUCACGUAACCACUUUUCCCUCAUUUCUGUUCAUUGAUUGGUGGAUCAUCCUUUUAAUAAAUGUGAGUUUAUUGACUCUCAUUUUGGGCAACACAAAUGAUAACCUCAUCCUCGCAUACAUACGUGUAAUCAUGCAAAAAAUGACUUUUGUGUUUGGUCUGAAUGUACUACAAAAACGGAAGCGCACAGCGAUUGUUAAAUCGGCUUUUUUGAUCAGUGUUAAGUGUUUGUAAGUGUUGUUGGUUGAUUAAGCUAUCAUAUGUACCUUAUUGGUGGUCUUAUGUUUUAUCACGUUUCUGGCCUUACUGUACCAUGUGGCCAAAUGGUUUUUGGAAAUCAGGCGCUAAGGUGAUCCACGUGUUAAGCAGGUGCCUUUUUAAAAAGGUUUUUAUUAUGUGGCCUGUUUCACUGAAUGUCUCUGUCUUUUAUUGUUUUCUGACAACUUCACACAAAAGCUGCCUCAGCUCUGCUUCAUCAGUUACUGGCGACGUCCAAGGAAACAGGCUUCCCCCCCCCCCUCAGCUGGCAGUGACGCUAUGCUGAGGCGACAUUAGUGGACACAUUACAUAUAAUGGUGCUGAACUACCAGGAGAAUGAGCUUCUUGGGAAACGUAGUCACAACAACCUUUCAGAGGCCAUGACUUACCUUUCCCUCAAACAGUGCUCGCUAUGUAAAGCACGCCCCGCUGUAGGAGUGCGAUGCUGCUCGAGCAUAUUUUUCAUGUGUAUUAAGUGGGGGAUUUUUUUUUUUUUUAUCAUUCCUUUCUUUCAAUUUUUGAAUUGUCAAUGCUUGUGUGAAUACAGGUGUUAUAUUGCAUCCUAUGAAUGUAUGUAAAUAUGCAGCAACAUCAGUGCAUCUGGAAAAAGGACACGACAUCAGAGACUGCUCUGACACCAUAUCUUAAAACGAAAGAAUGGUUGUGAAAAUUUCUAGUUCGAAAUCGAAAUGUGUACAUAACUUAACGUUUCAAUACAUAUGAAUAUAUUAUAUCUAUUUUUUUCCCUUGUUCUAUCCGAGAUGCAUUUACAAAUAAAAGUGAAAAGAAACAAA